UUUUCGAGCUUCUAAAAUUUUUUAGUGCGUACCUGACGGAUAUGGUAAACACACGCCACAUGAUCCCCUAUCUGGCAUAUGAUCAGUGUAUGCUUCGCCCCGGACAAAAACAUCAAGGCAGUUAUGGAUUUAUUUUUGAAAGGCCAGGAAAUAUGUUGUGCGAUAUGUAUGUUGAUAGAAAUUUUCAGAGAAUUUUAAAAAAUUCCAAAAAUUUCAAAAAAAUUUUUUCAAGGCUCUUAAUUUGCUACCCUGGCCAAUUAAGCGGAAACAACACAUUAAAUGGAUUGAUAACCUCAAUUCCAUACCGUAUGUCGAAACAUGAGGUGAAUUUUUAA